AUGUGCGCGGUGGACGUGGUCUACGGCGAGGUCUCCGCGGGGCGGGUCGCGCUGCCGCUCGCGGACGGGAGCGCGCUGCGGGGGAGGCUCUCCGUGGAGCUCGGGCCCGACGACGUGCCGCCGUUCGUCGCCGCGCCGGCGUGGUACCCGGCGUUCACCGAGUCGGCGCUGUCGCAGUUCGAGGGGCUGGACCAGGCCGACCACGUGCUCGUCAACUCCUUCCGCGACCUCGAGCCAAUGGAGGCAGAUUACAUGGAAUCGAAAUGGGGCGCAAAGACCGUCGGCCCGACAUUGCCGUCGUUCUACCUUGACGAUGAUCGCCUGCCGUCGAACAAGACCUAUGGUUUCAACCUCGUCUCGAGCACUUCUCCGUGUGUGGCAUGGCUCAACAAGCAGGCUCCUUGCUCUGUGCUCCUCGCAUCCUACGGCACGGUUGCUAACCUUGACUCGACACAACUAGAAGAGCUAGGCCAUGGAUUGUGCAACUCCGGACAACCUUUCCUUUGGGUGUUGAGGCCUAGUGAGACAGAUAAGUUGCCCCAGGAACUCCAUGACAAAUGCAACAUGAAAGGCCUAAUUGUUCCCUUUUGCCCUCAGCUGGAGGUGUUGGCUCACAGGGCCACAGGUUGUUUCUUGACACAUUGUGGAUGGAACUCGACAACUGAAGCAAUUGCCACUGGUGUACCCAUGAUCGCAAUACCGCAAUGGGCGGACCAACCGACCGCCGCAAAGUACAUGGAGAGCGCAUGGGGGAUCGGCCUGCGUGCACGUCGAGGCAAGAAAGGCUUGGUGAGACGAGAAGAGGUGGAGAGGUGCAUCAAGGAAGUGAUGGGUGGGAAGGAGUAUAUGAGGAAUGCUUCUAAGUGGAUGCAGAAGGCCAAAGAGGCUAUGCAGGAAGGAGGGAGCUCUGACAAUAACAUUGCAGAUUUUGCAGCCAAAUAUUUAUGA